AUGGGGGCCUCCAAUAUCACCAUCCAGAUGACAUCGCCCGAGAACAAGCCUAAGCGUCGCCGGGUGCCCGUGCUGUGCCUCGUGUGCAAGAAGCGCAAAGUCAGAUGCGAUAAGGGCAGGCCCGCGUGUGGAGGCUGUAAACGUAACGGCGCCGCCCAUCUCUGCGAGUACGUCGAACCGCCCUGGGUUAAGGACAUCCGCCAUCCCGAGGCUACUACCAACCCCACUACUUCCACCACCGUGGUGGAAGAGCUGGCGGAGUACUUGGAGCUUAAACGAGCGCUGGACGCGAUGCUUGCGGCUCAGAAACGGGAGAUUGGCGAGCUCAAAUGCCAACUCGCCCAGCUCAAACAGGCUUCCGCACAACCCAUACCAUCAGCCCCGACUCCUGCUGCUGCUGCUGCUGCGACCCCGCUGACCCCGCUCACCGUGCUCAAUAAGCUUCGGCCGCUACUGGCAAAGCUGCGCGACUCCUUUGAAGUGCUGACGGAACACAACUUGCUUGUUGUCCCAGUUAACUACAAGAAGUACUUUGUCGACGUAUUCUCAUGGAUGAAUGUGGUGAAAGUCGACCCCAAGCUCACCCACAUGUGGGUCAAACUCACCCAGUACCAGCGCUUGUACCAUCUGUUCAAGACCAAGCAGCAGCAACACCGGUUGGCCCUUAACAAUGGUGGCGCCGAACCGGUAGCGGCCCCGGUGGCACGCCCUCUGGGAGGGCCGAUGCUGGCCCAGCUGCUGCUUCUUAGUCGCUGUCCCGUACUCCACGACAUCGAUGGCCUCCCGCCACUGCCGCUGCAGCUGCCGGUGGUGAAAGUUGAACCGACGCUACCGAUUGCGACUACUGACAUCGAGACUCAGCUUCAGCAGAUGCGUGUGGCCUUGCGAAACAUUUGGGGGCUGAUGCUGAUUGUGGGCCAAAAAAGUUUGAGCGACAAACAGCUUUCGUUCUUGAUGGAUUUCUAUUUUUUGGACCUGAUAUUCCAGUUUGAACUGCGGGAUCUACUUAGUUUCUAUCGCCUGGAGAUGAUCUCUGUCAUUCGGGUCCAAGAAGGUCGAGUGACUUUUGAUUGUAUGGGCCUUCAGUCGAUGACAAGUGCGGAAAGGCUUCGAAUGAUUAUGACUAAGGGUGCUUACGUGGCGAUGAUUACGAUGAUUGUCGACGCACUGACCCUGUUUUUAACUCAAUACUCCCGUCAGAACCCCAAUGAAAUAUUGCUGCAUCAAUUCAUUCAGCUCUUUGGCGCCGACGUCGUCAACCAUCCGAAGCCUCUGACUGAUCUUAGUGAGCUUAUGGACUUGUUUGUGAACUACUACCGCGAUAGCAAACACCUGCCUACCCUCGGGUUCAUUGUGACCGUGUUAGCGUGGAUUAAUCGCGAAAUCACUCAUGGUGUCCACACUCAUCAUUUGGACGGCAACUACAAGUACAAGUUCACUCGCAUUUUUACGCUGUUUUUCAACUUGUUGCUUGACGAGGACGCUGCCAUUGCCGUAUGGAAAGAUCCCCGCAUGGUCCAGUUUGGCCAACUGACGCUGGGACAACGCACCAAUGAUGAACUUCGUGGCCACGUCAGUCACAUGUGGGCAGAGAUGGUGCGGCUUGUCAAUCUUGUCAACUUCCGCAUUCUACCAUUAAUUGCCGGGCUGGAAACCUUGGACCAACUACUUAAUAAGCUUUACAUCAAGAUCGAGGAAGCCGACGACGGCCAGUGUCACCUCAACUAUCUUAGCCAAACGAACAACUUGGCCAAGUAUGCCCAUCUCAGUCUUGAUUUGCGCAUUCACUACCAUAUUGCUCGGAUGUUUUACACUAUAAAUCGUGGUAUCACCAAUUUAAGUGAGCCGCGGCUCACCAUGGCGAUGGUGGAGGAACUUGUAAAUGCAAGUUAUGCCCUUUUGGAUGGUCCUGAGGUGCAAUCGGUCCUGCGACUGCUGCGCCGGUUUGAGAUGAACGUCAUGCUCCAAUACACUCUGUUGUUCCUCACUUUCCUUAUGAUGCUUCAGAGUGAAGAAUUGCUGAACCGGGCAUGGUUGGAGGUGGUGGUGCCGCAAGUGGUCCUUCGCUCUCAAAGAUUACUCAGCUACUUCCAUACUACUAUCACUGCAGAGCCCGAGCAUACCAUCCACCAAUACAUCUUGAAGGCGACAGCAGUGUGUGUGUUACGCUCAAUUGAAAUUCAGUUCGGCCUUCUACUUCGCAUGGAUCCCAACGAAAAGGCUAAACAAGCUGAUAUCGUUCACGAAGUGAUGGUCAGCCGCGGGCUUGAGCCGAAGGUGCGCCACACUCUGGAAGUGAUUGACGAAGUGUUGACUGUACUUGAAUGCGAGGCUCCGGAUGCGCUGGAUAUGGUCACUCGCAUGCGUAAGCAAUGGAGCUGUGUGCUGACGGCAGCCCUGCUGACGACCAAUUACGCCAUGAUCCAUCGCAACUUGCCGGAGUUUGCGCAAAUGCAACGCCCACUGUCAUCGUCAUCAUCAUCAGGGUCACAGCUGGGGUGCCCUGUACUCGUUAAACGACUGGAUCUGGCUAAGGAUUUGCUUGGAAGUUCUGGAUCUGGCUACCGCAAGUGUCCCAUCAGUCAUAUUACUACUCCCGUCGAUAAUAGCCUCGAAACCCCGAAAAUUCUGGGGGUUUUGGAGCACCAGCUGUUGACUGCAGUCAAGGAGAGCGAGCUCGAGGUUCAAUCGGCCAACCGCAAGCGUAAGUGUCCGUUUGACCACACGCUGAUGGGUUCGACGUCGGCUUCGGGGCAAUACCUCUAUAACCCAUUGGAGAGCAAUAUCCGUUCAGGAGCAUCCGCGUCGCCGCUGGUACCGGUAGAACAUGCUCUAGCUACGCCUAGACAGCCGGCAGCUGUACCUAUGCCGUCGCAAGUACAGGUCCCGCCAAUGCCUAACCCUUUCGACGAAGGGUUAUCGCCAGACUUUGCCGAUUUUGGCUUCGGACUUGAUUUUGAUACGCUUCAGCUCGAUAUGUUUGCCGCUGCUCCUGACUUUGGCCCUUCGUUUGAUGAACCUUUUGAGCAGACCAUUUGA